CUCACCUUUAACACAACAUAAUGGCUACCACCAUCACACUACCAUACUAUGCCUCUGACAUUCCUUGCCCGCUACCCACAACUUCAGAGAUCGAUGCAGCACCCGACAUAUCCUCGGAGUAUGGAGGCCGAAGAAUCGUUGAGAUCGGAGACCUCUCUGGUAGUGAAGUUCGGAAAAGGCGUGGACCUUAUCGAAGGAGAGAACAUGUUAUUUGUUCAAGGAAACACCAGCAUACGAGUCCCUCGAGUCUAUACACUUUACUCGGAUCCAUAUACGGGCAAGAACUACAUCGUUAUGGGAAAGAUGCCUGGUCAAACUCUUCUGUCCCUGUGGCCACAGCUAAGCCCAUCGGAGAAGGAGAUUAUCGUCACUACGCUUUAUAACUACUUCAACGAGCUACGAAGUUUACCGCCGCCAGAUUACUACGGUAGCUUGGGCGGAUGAUGCCUUCUUGAUGGAAUAUUCUGGACCAGCGAUCCUGAACCAGCAAUUUAUGGACCUUUCACAUCGGAAAGUGCUCUUAUCGAGGCAAUGGCGCGGAAAUAUACCUACGAUGGUCGGCCGCGUUUCAGAGCUGAGUUCUACCGCCAGUGUCUACCGCGUUUGCUCCGUAGCAGUGGUCCGACGUUCACCCAUGGUGAUCUUCAGCGGAAGAAUAUACAGGUCCAUAGGGUGUUAGAUGAAAGUGGUGGGAAUGGAGAUGGCAUUCCAAAGCUAGAAGUUACUAUUCUUGACUGGGAAUUGUCGGGUUGGUAUCCAAGCUACUGGGAGUAUUGUCUUGCUGUCUGCGCGCUACGGGUGGGAUGAUGACUGGUGUCUUUGGAUUGAGAAAGUGCUGGAUCCUUUUAUAGCGGAAUCUGCGUGGUUUCAAGCGAUUCGGCUGGAACUGUGGUCUUAGAGAGCG